UAGCAGAUUUGCAAGGCUGUCUCCCUUAGAGGGCAAAGCACACAACCUAGUCUCUGGAGUUUUCUUGAAGAAAUUUGAUUUAUUGAGAACCGUGUAAUACGAAGAAACAGCAGAAACAACUACAAUAACAAAACGUGAGUUCUUGAUUAGAAGAGUCAUUUUCUACUGGACUGAAAGUUAUGGCUGAAAGUGGAAAUCCACAGGAUUCAAGGGAUGAUACUGCCGUGGAUGAAUUUAAUGACAUCAUCAAAAACAGAUCUGAUGAAAGAGAAGAUGUUCAAAGAAAAACAUUCACCAAAUGGAUAAAUGCUCAGCUUGCGAAGUUUGGAAAACAUCCAAUUGAAGAUCUUUUCAGCGACCUUCAGGAUGGAAGAAGACUUUUGGAUCUUCUUGAAGGUCUUACAGGCCAAAAGCUGGUAAAAGAAAAAGGCUCCACAAGGGUUCAUGCUCUAAACAAUGUCAACAAAGCUCUGCAAAUCUUGCAAAAGAACAAUGUUGAUUUGGUGAAUAUUGGCAGCGCAGAUAUUGUGGAUGGGAACCACAAGCUGACUCUUGGAUUGAUCUGGAGCAUAAUUCUCCACUGGCAGGUGAAGAAUGUAAUGAAAGGGAUUAUGGCUGACUUGCAGCAGACGAAUAGUGAAAAGAUCUUAUUGAGCUGGGUCCGCCAAUCAACUCGCAAUUACCCACAGGUCAACGUUAUCAAUUUCACCAGCAGUUGGUCUGAUGGAUUGGCUUUCAAUGCACUUAUCCACAGUUACCGAUCAGACCUGUUUGACUGGAACAGUGUAGUCUCCCAGCAAUCUGCUCUACAACGGCUGGAUCAUGCGUUUAACACUGCCCAACGACACCUGGGAAUUGCAAAUAUUCUUGAUCCUGAUGAUAUUGCAGUUCCUCAUCCUGACAAGAAGUCCAUUUUAAUGUAUGUCACAUCACUUUUCCAAGUUCUGCCACAAAGAGUAUCCAUUGAAUCACUUCGUGAAUUGGACACAUUGCCUCGCCAAACGCUAACUCAAGAAAAACAAGUCAAGUCUUUUGAUCAGCAUCAUUUCUCUCAGCAAAUCACUGCGAGUGUAGAACAAGGUCGUGCGCACAACCCCUCACCACCUCCUAAACCUGGCUUCAAAAGCUAUGCCUACACGCAAUCUGCUUAUGUCAUGUACCCUGACCAAAAAAGAGGGCAGUACCCUCCACAGCGGAUGGAAGGUCUAGAUGACAGACCAUUUGGGAGUUUAGUGAUGGAGCCUGAAGUGGAUUUGGAAAGCUAUCAAUCUUCACUGGAAGAAGUACUUACGUGGCUUCUUUCUGCAGAGGAUGUUUUGCAAAGUCAAGGAAUGAUCUCUGGCAAUGUUGAAGAAGUAAAAGAACAAUUUCAUGCUCACGAGGGCUUUAUGAUGGAAUUAACAUCUCAUCAGGGAAAUGUUGGCAAUGUUUUGCAAGCUGGAAGUCAACUAUUAGCUGUCGGGAAACUUUCAAACGAUGAAGAGAAUGAAAUCCAAGAACAAAUGAAUCUCCUUAAUUCCCGAUGGGAAAGUCUCAGACUUGCAAGCAUGGAAAGACAAAGCAAUUUACAUAAAACAUUGAUGGCCCUCCAAAAUCAACGUCUUAAACAAUUGAGUGAUUGGCUCUCUCAAACAGAAGAGCGAACCAAGAGGAUGGAUGCUGAACUGGGUCCAGAAUUAGAAGAUAUAAAGCGUCAAAUAGAAGAACAUAGGGCAUUGCAAGAUGAUCUGGAACAAGAACAGGUCCGAGUCAAUGCUCUCACUCAUAUGGUAGUCGUGGUGGAAGAAUCUAGUGGAGACAAAGUUACGGCUGCAUUAGAAGAUCAACUCCAGCAUUUGGGAGAUCGCUGGGCUUCUAUAUGCAGAUGGACAGAAGACAGAUGGGUUCUGCUGCAAGACGUUCUAAUAAAAUGGCAGCGUUUUGCUGAGGAACAGUGCCUGUUUGAUGCCUGGCUUACAGAAAAAGAGCAGAUUGUGAGCACUAUCCAUACCUCGGAUUUCAAGGAUCAGAAUGAAAUGCUUUCCAACCUAAGAAAAUUAGCGAUGCUGAAAGGGGAACUAGAAAUGAAGAAGACGACAAUGGAUACACUUUAUUCUUUAAAUCGGGAUCUGAUUUCCACUCUGAAGAACAAGAUUGUUUCUCAGAAAAAUGAGGCGCAUUUGGAAAACUUUGCUCGCCGAUGGGAUAAUCUUGUGCAGAGGAUGGAGAGCAGCUCUGUGCAGAUUUCACAGGCUGUCACCGCCAGUCAGACAUCACUAACACAGAAGACAACUGUAAUGGAAACUGUAACUAUGGUGACCACCAGGGAACAAAUUCUCGUUAAGCAUGCUAAGGAUGAACUCCCACCUCCUCCACCCCAGAAGAAGAGACAGGUCCUUGUGGAAUCAGAACUGAGAAAGAGAUUUGAUGUUGACUUAACAGAACUCCACAGCUGGAUGACACGCUCUGAGGCUAUUCUGCAAAGUUCUGAAUUUGCAAUCUAUAGGAAAGAAGGAGACCUCACUGACCUCACAAAGAAAGUAAAAGCCAUAGAACGUGAAAAACCAGAAAAAAACAGGAAACUGCAAGACGCCAACAGAAAUGCUGAAACCUUGAUGGAACAGAUGUUGAAUGAUGGCCUUAACACUGACAGCAUCAAACAGGCCUCUCAACAUCUGAAUAAUCGAUGGACAGACUUCUGUCAGUUGCUGAGUGAAAGACUCUCCUGGCUGGAGUAUCAGAACAGUAUACUCGCCUUUUAUUCCCAGUUACAGCAACUGGAACAGGCAGUCAUUUCUGCUGAGAACUGGCUAAAAGCACAAAGUACACCCACGGAAGAGGCAAAUGCAGUCAAAAUACAAUUAGAAAAGUGCAAGGAUGAAGUUAGCCAUCUGUCAGCACUUAAACCUGAAGUCGGAUCCUUACAAGUGCAAGGAACACAACUGAAAGACAAGGAACACAGGCCAAUGUUCUUGGAUGCCGAUAUAGCAGCUUUUCUCAACCAUUAUAAUCUAGUUCUCUCUAAUUUACAGUCUAGAGAAAAACAGCUCCAGAACAUUCUAGACAGUUUACCUCCUACUCAGUACAAUGAAAAAAUGAGCACUAUACUUCUAUGGAUCCAGCAGUCUGAAACCAAACUCGCUAUACCUCAGGUUACUGUUACUGAAUGUGAAAUCAUGGAACAAAGACUCAGGGAGCUAAAGGCCCUACAGAGUUCCCUGCAGGACCACCAGGCAGACAUGAAUUAUCUUUGCAAAACAGCAGACGAUUUGUCAAGCAAAGCACCUGUUCAUGUGAAACAGAAAUACUGGUCACAAACUGAACAUGUCCAGAACCGAUGGAAGGCGCUAUCAAAUCAGCUGGUUGUACAAAGUCAAAAACUAGAAGACUUACUUAGCAAACUUAAACAGUUUCAGAACGACAAAAAGACUCUAAACAAGUGGAUGGAAGAAGUGACUGUUUUCCUAAAUGAGGAAUGGCCAGCCCUUGGAGAUUCCGAAGCUCUUAAAAAGCAACUAGAACAAUGCAGUGCUUUGGUAAAUGACAUUCAGACGAUACAGCCCAGUGUGAGCAGUGUUAAUGACGCUGGAAAAAAUUUGAUCAGUAAAGCUGAACCACACUAUUCCUCCAAGCUACAAGCCGACCUUAAAAACCUUAAUGAGCAAUGGGAUCAAAUAUGCAAACAGGCCCAUGCGAAAAAGGCUGCCCUGAAAGGUGGCUUGGAUAAAACCAUACAUCUCAGAAAAGGUCUGUCAGAAAUGCAAGAAUGGAUAACACAAGCAGAAGAUGAGUAUUCAGAACGAGAUUUUGAGUACAAGACACCGGAAGAGUUACAAAAAGCACUGGAAGAGCUAAAGAGGGCAAGAGACGAAGCUGCACAAAAGGAGGAAAAAGUAAAGCUUUUAACUGAUUUGGUGAACAACUUUAUUGCAACAGCUCCACCUGCUGCUCACGAUCCACUGAAGAAGGAGCUAAAUGUUUUAAUCAACAACUAUGAGAGACUGUGCAGCAGGCUGACUGGGAAGUGUGCAACGCUGGAGGAGGUUUGGGCAUGUUGGCAUGAACUCUUGUCGUACUUGGAUUCCGAAAAGAAAUGGCUUGAUGAUGUUGAGUUGAAACUAAAAGCAACUGAAAAUGUUAAGGGAGGUGCAGAGGAGAUUUCAGAAACACUAAAGUCCAUAGAAGAAAUGAUGAAACAUCCAGAAGAUAACCGCACCCAAAUUAAAGAAUUGGCGCAAACCUUGACCGAUGGGGGUGUGAUGGAUGAGCUGAUCAAUGAGAAACUAGAGAAGUUUAACACACGUUGGGAAGAAGUUCAACAAGAGGCAGUGAGAAGACAGAAGGUUCUGGAACAAAGUAUCCAGUCAGCUCAGGAGACUGAGAGAGCUAUUGGCUUAAUUCAGGAGUCUCUUGGCACCACUGAUAGACAGCUGAUGGCCUACAUUGCUGACAGAAUUGAUGCUGCGCAGGUUCCUCAAGAAGCGCAGAAAAUGCAGUCUGAUUUGAUGAGCCAUGAGAUUUCUUUGGAUGAAAUGAAAAAACGAAACCAGGGUAAAGAAAUGUCCAAAAAAGUCCUGACUCAGAUUGACGUAGCUCAGAAAAAACUUCAAGAGGUGUCUGCAAAAUUUCGACUGUUCCAGAAGCCAGCAAAUUUUGAACACCGUCUUAAAGAAUCUAAAAGAAUUCUAGAUGAGGUGACAUUUGAAUUGCCUCUCUUGGACAUGAGGAACAUUGAACAAGAGACACUUCAAACACAAUUGGAUCAUUGUAUGAAACUGUACAAGGUUUUGAGCGAAGUGAAAUCGGAAGUGGAAACAGUUAUAAAAACGGGCCGUCAAAUAGUACAGAAACAGCAGACGGAGAACCCCAAAGAUCUGGAUGAAAGAAUAACAGCGCUGAAACUGCAGUACAAUGAACUAGGAGCAAAGGUGACAGAGGGUAAGCAGAUCUUGGAGAAAAGCUUAAAAUUGUCUCGCAAAAUAAGGAAAGAAACCAACAGCUUGACAGAAUGGUUAGCAACAGUGGACACGGAAGUAACAAAGAGAUCAGCCGAGGAGGGCAUGCCUACUAACCUCGAUGAGGAGAUUGCCUGGAGCAAGGUUACCCAAAAAGAAAUGGAAAAAAGACAACAACAAUUAAAAAGCAUUCGAGAUCUAGGAGAUUCCCUCAGAGUGGUGCUUGGGGAAAAUGCGAACCUUGUGGAUGACAAGCUUACCCUUCUAAACAGCAACUGGCUAGCAGUAACCUCCAGAGCUGAUGAAUGGUUCCGCCUGUUGCUGGAAUACCAGAAACGGAUUGAACAUUUUGACCAAGGUGUUGAACGUGUCAAAGCCUGGACCGAUCGUGCUGAAAUAUUAUUGGAUGAGUUGAAAAGGCAAACUCCACAACAGAGAGAAGAGACGCACAAGCUGUUAAAAUUCGAGCUGAAUGAUAUGCAGCCAAAGAUGGAUUCUGUGCAUGAUCAAGCUCUAGAGUUGAUGACAAACCGUGGUGAUCGUUGCAGGAAAAUGGUGGAAUCCAAGCUCUCUGAUCUUGACCAACGAUUUACCUUAGUAUCUAACAGAAUCAAGAGUGGCAAGGUUGUGGUCUCUUUAAAGGAACUGGAGCAAUUUCAUUCUGAUAUACAGAAAUUGCUCGAACCACUGGAGGCUGAAAUUCAGCAAGGAGUGAAUCUUACAGAAGAAGACUUCAAUAAAGAUACGAGCGAAGAUAAUGAUGAGCCUGUGAAAGAAUUGCUACAGAGAGGAAAUAAUCUCCAACUAAAAAUUGGCGAUGAUAAAAAGCGAGAAGAAAUCAAACUAAAACAACAGCUGCUGCAAUCGAAACAUAAUGCACUUAAGGAUCUAAGGUCUCAAAGAAGGAAAAAAGCAUUAGAGAUUUCGCAUCAAUGGUAUCAAUACAAGAGACAGUCUGAUGACCUACUCAAAUGUUUGGAUGACAUUGAGAAAAAAAUAGCAAGUCUUCCAGAUCCUAAAAAUGAACAGAAGCUUAAGGAGAUUGAUGGAGAUUUGGAGAAGAAGAAAGAAGAGAUGAAAGCAUUGAACAGGCAAGCUGAGAGUUUGUCUAAGGACGGGGCUGCCAAGGCAGUGGAGCCAACUCUCAUCCAACUUAACAAACGCUGGAGAGAAAUUGAGAGCAAAUUUGCUCCAUUCCGAAGACUGCACUAUGCACAAAUUCAAACAGUCCACGAAGAAAGUACCCGUCCCAUGUUGGAAAGAAUGAAAGUGGAUGCCGCCAAUGUGCCUUCUGCCUACAUGACUGAAAUUGCCCGUCUUCUGCAGUCUAUUGCUGAGGUGGAACUCCUUCUUCACUCACCAAGUCUAAGUAAAAGAGAAUAUGAAGAUCUUGCCAAACAAGAAGAGUGCCUAAAGACUGUGAAAGAGGGCCUUGAAAAGCUAUCAGGUCAGAUUGAGUUCACUCAGAACAGGAAGAAAGCAGUUCUUGAGUGUGCUACACCACAGGAACACGAGAAGAUCCAAGAAAAAAUGUCUGAACUCAGUUUUCAAUGGGAAAAUGUUAACAAGUUGUACCAGAUGCGGCAAAAGAAGUUUGAUAGCUCUCUAGAGAAGUGGAUGAAUUUACAAGAUGACAUGGAUAACCUCAACUGCUGGUUAAGUGAGGCUGAGCAAAUCUUAGCUGAGAGUGAUGGAAGAGAUUCAGAGCAGACCAGACAUCAGCAGCAGGUGAAGGAGCUUGAAGAUGGCAUAGGACCAAAGCAGGCUACAAUCAGAGCCCUGAAUGUAUCUGGGGGAGAGAUUGCCGAGCAGUCCUCAGCUGCCGAUGCUAGUCGCAUUAAAGAGAAUCUGGAUAGCUUGAAUACCCGCUGGCAUAUAGUCAACAAAAAGCUAAAUGAGAGAAGAAGAAGACUAGAAGACGAAAAGAAGAAGCUGUUUGGAUUGCAAGAGGACUUAAAUAAAUUCGGCAUUUGGCUGAAGGAUGCAGAGGAUGUUGCACGCACACCAGCUGAACCUGGAAAUGAACUUCAGUUGAAUGACCUACUGGAAAGAGUGAAGUUUAGAGUGGAAGAGCUUCUGCCUCGUAAAGAGUUCUUAAAACAAUUAAAUGAAACUGGUGGAACCGCAAUAGGAAGUCCAACAAUAGCGCCUGAAGAAAAGAGGAAAAUUGAAAGUGGCCUCAAAGAGGCUAACCAGCGCUGGAUAAAGGUGUCCAAAGAUCUACAUGACAAACAGAAAGAAACUGAAGAUCAUUUGAAGAAUCUGGCAUUGUUUGAGCUCCAGCUGAAUCAGUUAACUCUCUGGGUGUCUUCUGUAAAAGAUCAACUGCUCUUUUACAAUCAAGUUGGCAGACCGGGAGCAUUGGACAUCAAGGAAACGGAGGAAAGGAUCAAGGUUAAACAGCCACAUGUGGAAGGAAUCUUGUCUAAGGGGAAGGAAUUAUACACCGAUCAAUCAGCUUCAUACCCAUUAACGCGUAAAUUAGAGCACUUGAACACAGAGUGGAAGACAGUGGAUCUAUUACUACAGGAAUUGAAAAGAAAGCCAACUGGACCAGCUCCUGGUCCUGCUCAAACUGUGUCUGUGGUUACUCAAACUUUGGUGACAACAGGAACAACUGAACCUGCAACGGAAAUGCCUUCAUCACUUCUAUUGGAGUUGCCUGCACUGGCUGACUUCAACAAGACUUGUGGAGAAUUAACAGACUGGCUUACUCUGCUUGAUCGGGUGAUAAAGGCUCAAAUAGUGACUGUUGGUGAUGUGGAAGAAAUUAAUGAUAUGAUCAUCAAACAAAAGGUAACCUUGCAGGACUUAGAACAAAGGCGCCCUCAUUUGGAUGAACUUAUUACUGCAGCACAGAACCUGAAAAACAAAACCAGCAGUCCAGAGGCCAGGGCAGUCAUUACAGAUCGCAUUGAUAAAAUUCAAAACCAAUGGGAAGAAGUACAAUGCCGUCUUCAGAACCGAAGACAGGAGCUACAAGAAAUGCUGAAGGACUCGAAUCAGUGGUUAGAUGCUCGAGGGGAAGCUGAACAGGUUUUAGAGAAAGCAAAAAGAAGGAUUGACUCUUGGAAGGAGAUCUCUUACACGGUAGAAGCACUAAAGAAACAGAACACAGAUCUGAAGCAAUUUUGCAAAGAACUUCGCCAGUGGCAGAUGAACGUUGACGCUGCAAACGACUUGGCUCUUAAGCUUAUACGUGAUUAUUCUUCGGAUGACACCAGAAAAGUGGAAUUGAUGAAAGAUAACAUUAAUGUCACAUGGACAAGAAUUAAUAAGAGGGUUAGCGAGCGUGAUGGAUCCCUAGAAGCAGCUCUUCAUUCAUUGCAGCAAUUCUACCUAGACUUGGAACAUUUCCUGGCCUGGCUCACCGAGACUGAAACCACCGCCAAUGUCCUUCAGGAUGCAGCACAUAAAGAUGGAGUGUUGGAGGGUGCACACGGCCUUCGAGAGGUCAUGAACCAGUGGCAGGAACUACAGGGAGAGAUUGAUGGACACACAGAAGUAUUUCAUUCCCUCGAUGAAAAUGGGCAGAAAAUGCUUAACUCAUUGGAGGGAUCAGAAGAUGGAGUCCUAUUGCAAAAAAGACUUGAUAGCAUGACCAUCAGAUGGAACGAGCUCAGGAAAAAAUCCCUUAAUAUCAGGUCUCAUUUGGAAGCCAGCACAGAGCACUGGAAGCGAAUACACCUCUCUCUACAGGAACUUCUGGCCUGGCUGCAGCUAAAGAAUGAGGAGUUAAAGCAACAAGCACCCGUUGGAGGAGAUCUUCCCAAAGUGCAAAGUCAGAUUGAUGCACAUCGGGACUUCAAGAGGGAAGUGAAAGCUAAAGAACCUGUUAUCAUGAGUGCACUUGAUACUGUGAGAAUAUUCUUAGCAGAGCAGCCUUUUGAGGGACUGGAGAAGCUGUAUCAGGAGCCAAGAGAGCCGCACAGUGAAGAACAGUCUAAGAAUGUUAGCAGGAUUCUUCGCAAGCAAGUUGACGAAGUAAAGAUGGAGUGGGACAGGUUGAAUGUACGGUCUGCUGAAUGGCAGAAAAAAUUAGACGAGGCACUUGAAAGACUGCAAGAACUCCAAGAUGCAAUGGAUGAGCUGGACCAUAAAUUGCAUCAAGCAGAGGCCAUGGAAAGUUCCUGGCAACCAGUAGAGAAUCUGUUGAUUGACUCACUACAGGAUGACCUAGGAAAAACCAAGGCCUUCCAAGCAGAAAUUGCACCAAUAAAAAACAAUGUAAACCAAGUCAAUGAUCUUGCACAUCGAUUCACUGGAACAGAUAUCAGCUUGUCACCUUACAAUUUAAGUCGUGUGAAUGAAUUGAAUACAAGGUGGAAUCUUUUGCAGAUGUCCAUUGGUGAGAGAAUCAGACAGUUACAUGAAGCCCAUAGGGAUUUUGGCCCCACAUCACAACAUUUUCUUUCCACUUCUGUCCAGGGACCUUGGGAGAGGGCAGUCUCACCAAAUAAAGUACCAUACUACAUAAACCAUGAAACACAAACGACCUGCUGGGAUCAUCCCAAGAUGACUGAGCUCUACCAGUCCUUAGCUGACCUGAACAAUGUCAGAUUCUCGGCUUACAGAACCGCCAUGAAGUUAAGGAGACUGCAGAAGGCCUUAUGCUUGGAUUUGCUGGGUUUGUCUGCAGCCUGUGAUGCCUUGGACCAGCACAACCUCAAGCAGAACGACCAGCUCAUGGACAUCCUACAGAUUAUUAAUUGCUUGACCACCAUUUACGAUCGACUGGAACAAGAGCACAACAACCUAGUGAACGUCCCUCUCUGUGUGGAUAUGUGCCUCAACUGGCUGCUGAAUGUUUAUGACACAGGUCGAACGGGAAGGAUCCGUGUGUUGUCUUUUAAAACUGGCGUUAUAUCCCUGUGUAAAGCACAUUUGGAAGAUAAGUAUAGAUACCUGUUCAAGCAGGUGGCAAGUUCGACUGGAUUCUGUGACCAACGGAGACUGGGCCUUCUUCUACAUGAUGCCAUUCAGAUACCAAGGCAGCUGGGAGAAGUGGCAUCCUUUGGUGGCAGCAACAUCGAACCCAGUGUUCGGAGCUGCUUUCAAUAUGCUAACAAUAAACCAGAAAUAGAAGCGGCUUUAUUUCUGGAUUGGAUGAGGUUGGAGCCACAGUCAAUGGUCUGGCUCCCUGUACUUCACAGAGUUGCCGCUGCCGAAACUGCCAAACACCAAGCCAAGUGCAAUAUCUGUAAGGAGUGCCCAAUUAUUGGAUUCAGGUACCGAAGUCUAAAGCACUUUAAUUAUGACAUCUGCCAAAGCUGCUUCUUUUCUGGCCGCGUUGCAAAAGGUCACAAAAUGCACUACCCGAUGGUGGAAUAUUGCACUCCAACUACUUCUGGUGAAGAUGUUCGCGACUUUGCAAAGGUCCUCAAGAAUAAAUUCAGGACAAAAAGAUAUUUUGCUAAACACCCAAGGAUGGGUUAUCUUCCUGUUCAAACGGUGUUAGAAGGAGACAACAUGGAAACUCCUGUUACUCUGAUCAACUUCUGGCCAGUAGAUUCUGCCCCUGCCUCCUCUCCCCAGCUUUCACAUGAUGAUACUCACUCGCGAAUUGAACAUUAUGCUAGCAGGCUAGCAGAAAUGGAGAACACCAAUGGAUCCUACCUAAACGAUAGCAUUUCUCCCAAUGAAAGCAUAGAUGAUGAACACUUGCUCAUUCAGCACUACUGCCAAAGCUUGAACCAGGAAUCUCCCUUAAGCCAGCCCCGCAGCCCUGCCCAGAUACUCAUCUCUUUGGAGAGUGAAGAGAGAGGAGAGCUUGAGAGAAUUCUAGCUGACCUGGAGGAGGAGAAUAGGAAUUUGCAGUCCGAAUAUGAUCGACUUAAGGAGCAGCAUGAUAACAAAGGAUUAUCCCCUCUGCCUUCUCCUCCUGAAAUGAUGCCGGCCUCCCCGCAGAGUCCACGCGAUGCAGAGCUCAUUGCAGAAGCCAAGCUUCUGCGUCAGCACAAGGGGCGCCUGGAGGCCAGGAUGCAGAUUUUGGAGGAUCACAAUAAACAGCUAGAAUCCCAGCUCCAUCGGCUGAGACAACUGCUGGAGCAGCCGCAAGCAGAAGCAAAGGUCAAUGGUACGACAUUUUCCUCUCCUAGUCCCUCGCUGCAGAGAUCGGACAGCAGUCAGCCCAUGUUGCUUCGUGUUGUUGGCAGCCAAACAUCAGAAACCAUGAGUGAGGAUGAUCUUCUCAGCCCUCCACAUGACACAAGCACAGGUCUAGAAGAAGUCAUGGAGCAACUUAACAAUUCCUUUCCAACAGCAAGAGGAAGGAAUGUCCCUGGAAAGCAAAUGAGAGAGGAAACCAUGUAGGAAAUCUUUUCCACAUGGCUGAUGACUUGGGAAGAGCGAUGGAAACUUUGGUUAUGGUUAUGACCGACGACGAGGUGAUAGAAUGACAACGUUGAACCCACACACCGCAUGUGUUUUUAUAUAAUUAACUUCGUACAACAAAAGGGGUUUAGACUGUAAGAGUUUACAAGAAAAUAUCUAUUUUUGUGAAGGGUAGUGGUACAAUACUGUAGAUUUAACUAGUUUCUUAAGUCUGUUAUUGUUUUGGUAACAAUGGCAGGUUUUUAAUGUCUAUGCAAUUGUACAAAAUUCAAAAAAAACAACAGAACUAUAUGUAAAGUCUUGAUAGCUUAAAUAAUAAUAAUAAAACUUGCCAUUUCUUUUUAUGGAGGAAAAUUUUGGGUUGUUUUAAGAAAAAUUUAUAUCGGUAACAAAUCAAAAAAAAAAAAAAAAAAAGAUUGUAAACUAAAGUGUGCUUUAUAUAACAAAACUUGUUUAUAAAAAAAAAAAAACAUUUGGAAAAAUAAUAGAAAAAAAAAGGCAGCACAUUGACUUUAAGACCACUUUGGCUUUGUAUCUGUAAAACAACAAUAUAUACAUGUUUUGUGUCAUUUUUCUUGUGUAUCUGAAAACACCACUUAUAGCACCAAAUAACCUACAGAUGACUACAAUUAACGCUCUCUCUGCCGACGACUUACUUGGAUGUAUUGAAAAGUAAAA